AUGGCCAAGAAACACUCAUCGAAAUCAAAAGCGGAGACACCGGCCGCACCUCCCACAACUUCUGAGAUGUCUGUGUUUUCAGCGGAUGCAUUGAGCAAACUCACGGAGCGCAUACAAUUAGGAUUCGAUGAUACAAAAAGGUCCAAGAAAGGCGACAAUAAGAAUUUCGGAAAACAGAGAGAGGCUGCGAAUAGAGGAAAGAGGGAUCAAGGCGCCACCGAGCCUACAAAUGGGAACCUGAAGAAGACGUACGAAAAGAGGCCACAUGAACAAUUCAAAAAACUUGAGCAGCGGAAAGCGGAGCCAGCGGAGAUUCCCAAUGUCCCCAGAGGAAAGAAGCGAGCUCGAGACUCAGACAUCCCGAAACUAGCGCAAGCCGGAAAACCCAACCCAAAGCCUCCUCAGCCGGCAAGUAAAACCAAAGACGGCCUUCCUAGGAAGCCGGGGAAAAAGGGAGGAAUUGACAAAGAGCGCUUGUUGAAAGAAAUAAUUGAGCUUGGCGGUACUCAGGAGGACCUUGAUCUUGUUGAUGGGAUAGACUCUGAUGAGGAUGAGGAAGAAGUUGUCUUCACUGAGUCCGGCAAAUCCGGCAAGCGGCUACAAAAAGAACUACAGGGCUUUCUUAAGGAAAUUGGGUUGGGGGCCGGAAAGUUUUCAACUGCGGAGGAUGGGUAUGAGGACGAAGAUGAGGAAUGGGUCGACGAGGAUAGUGGUGAGGGGGGUGAAGAUGCCGAAACCGAGGACGAGAGCGAAGAUGGAGGUAUGGAUGAUGCUGAAGAGGAACCAAGGGUACCUGCUCCUACUGUUAAACCUUUGGAGACUAAACCGGAUCCAAAGCUAAAGGGUAGUAAAUUGAGCCUAUAUUUUCUGUGCUUUGUGCUGAUUUUUCGCCCCAAGAAAGUGGCACCUCGCCCUGACUGGCAUGCCUAUAAAUUACCCCCCCUAGCUUCCCCAAAGGCGGCGCCAAAAGCAGCAACUAUUAGAUCCCUUCAUGAACACGCAAAGUCACUUCUACAGACCGAGAAUGCCGUUUACUCAGCCACUCAUCUCACCAAAUCCUCCGAUCGCCAGUUUUUAAGCACGAUUAUGACAUCAGGAACACUCUCAGACAAGAUAUCUGCACUAACUUUGAUAUGUCAAGAGUCCCCUCUCCAUACCAUUAAGUCGCUCGAGACUCUUCUAGGCUUAGCUCGCAAAAAGUCUCGUAGCCAGGCUGUAUCUUCAAUGGCCGCGAUUAAAGAUUUAUUCGGUCCUGGAUCAGUUUUGCCCGGGAAUAGGAAAUUAAGAUUCUUUUCAAAACAGCCCGAAAUAGGAGCUAGGGAGGCAACUGAAGAGCAUCUAAUCCUCUGGGCUUACGAGGACUGGCUCAAGAACUUUUAUUUUGAGGCUUUGACAACCCUUGAGGGACUUUGCACCGACCCGUUGGUGUUCCCAAGGAUAAAUGCGGUUGGAUUCAUUCACUCACUUUUGAGUUCUAAGCCCGAGCAAGAGGCCAACCUGCUUAGGCUAUUAGUUAAUAAAUUGGGUGAUUCUGACAAAAAAGUUGCCUCCAAAGUUUCAUAUUUGCUGCUCCAAUUGCAGACGACCCACCCUGCUAUGAGAAUUAUUAUUGUUAACGCUAUUGAAUCGGAGGUUUUAUUUCGCCCCGGAAAUGGACUUAAUGCCAAAUAUUACGCCGUAAUCACCCUUAACCAAACAAUUCUGUCGACUAGAGACAACCAUGAAGCUGCGAACAAACUCCUUGGGGUAGAGGAAAAGAGCAAGCAAUUCCUAUCAGAUCUGAUCGCAAAAUUAUUAUCUGCAAUACUGACUGGUGUAAACCGUGCAUUCCCAUUCUCCCAAGUGGACAACGAUGUGUUCGAGAAACACGUAGAUACGCUGUUCAAGAUUACGCAUUCUGGAAACUUCAAUACUAGUAUCCAGGCUAUGAUGUUGAUUUUCCAGGUUUCAAAUAGCAAACAGGCUGUUUCGGAUAGAUUUUAUAGGACACUUUAUGAGUCGCUUUUGGACCAGCGACUUGUAGAUUCUUCAAAACAGGCCAUGUAUUUGAAUCUGCUAUUUAGGGCACUCAAAGCGGAUGCCCAGGUAAAACGUGUUAAGGCGUUCGUGAAGCGAUUGAUUCAGAUUGCUGCAACGUUCCACCAACCUCCUUUCAUCUGCGGCGUUCUGUAUCUGCUCAAUGAGCUAUGCGAUAGUGUACCCUCUAGCCGCUCUCUGCUAGAAGAACCCGAGCAGCUAGAAGAUGAUGAAGAUGAGGUUUUCAAGGAUGUUCCUGAAGAAGGAGAAGAGCAAGCAGAAGAUACCACAAAAGAAUCUCCAGUAAAACACGUGGAAUACGAUGGAAGGAGAAGGGAUCCAUUGUUUACAAAUGCCGACAGGACUUGUCUUUGGGAACUGAUGCCCCUUCUCCGUUGCUACCACCCCUCAGUAGCCCUAUUCGCCGCCAGCUUCCUAGAGCACAAGCCCAUGCCCAGCAAACCCGACUUAGGCAUGCACACCCUAGCACACUUCCUUGACCGCUUCGUCUACAGGAACGCAAAGGCAACCCCCACCCAGAACCGCGGCCCCUCAAUCAUGCAACCUCUCGGUGGCGGUGACACGAGAGGUGUAAUCCUCUCUACCCGGGGCGUCAGCAAAUCUCAAAUCCCCGUCAACUCAGAAGCCUUCUGGAAGCGUAAGGUCGAGGACGUGGACGUCAACGAGGUAUUCUUCCACAAAUACUUCAACCAGAUCGCGCCAAAAAAGCCUGCUGCCGAGAGGAAAGCGAAGAAGGCUAGGGGGAGUGAAGAGGGCGAAGGUGACGUGGAGGUUUCCGAAGAUGAGAGUGAAAUUUGGAAGGCUAUGGUGCAUAGUCGGCCGGAUAUCGAAGAGGGGGAUGCAGACUUUGAUGACGAAGAUAGCACCGCGGAAUUGUCUGAUAUCUCGGAUGAUGGCGAUGAGGGAAUGCCAGAUCUUGUGGAGGAUGAAGAUGAUGUCUGGGGAGGUGAAGAUGAAGAUGAAGACGAAGACGACGAGAAGCAAGCACCGCAGAACUUCCAAAAAGCGUUGAAAGCAGAGUUGAAAACCGCGACAGGGAGGUACGAAGAGGAGGAUGCGGCGGUGGAAGGAGAGAAUAAGAAGAAGAGGCGCAAGUUGAAGCACUUGCCGACGUUUGCAAGUGCUGAGGACUAUGCUCAUAUGCUCGAUGAUUGAGACUAGUGUUAUGGGGCGAGUGGGUGGUGUCAAUAGGGGACACUUGUAUUAUAUUAGCCAUUUGUGAGAUAGGCUGAGGACAAAAGCAUUUGUUAAAUAUUAAAAUUCGAUUGGCAAGUAA